CUGGGCAGAAGAUGUCGGCGCAGGGGGAUUGCGAGUUCCUGGUGAAACGGGCCCGCGAACUGGUACCGGGGGACCUGUGGGCGGCCAAGGCCUGGCUCAUCACAGCGCGGAGCCUUUACCCCUCAGACUUCAACAUACAGUAUGAGAUGUACACUAUUGAGAGGAAUGCUGAAAGGACAGCAUCUGCAGGCAGGCUGCUCUAUGACAUGUUUGUGAAUUUUCCAGACCAACCUGCUGUAUGGAGGGAGAUCAGUGUUAUCACAGCAGCUUUAAGGAAUGACUCACAGGACAAGCAGACACAGUUUUUAAGAGGAUUGUUUGAAACUCUUCCUGGUCGGGUCCAGUGUGAAAUGUUGCUGAAGGCCACAGAGCAGUGUUUUAACACAUUAGAAAGGGCAGAAAUGCUACUGCUGCUUCUGCGACGGUUCCCAGAGACUGUGGUGCAACAUGGGGUGGGCCUUGGAGAAACAUUAUUAGAUGCUGAAAGUAUUGAAGACCAAGAAUCGCCAGUGAAUUGUUUCAGAAAAUUAUUUGUUUGUGAUGUUCUUCCUCUAAUAAUUAACAACCCUGAUGUUCGACUUCCGUCCAGCUUGUUAUAUAAGUAUCUGAAUAAGGCAGCAGAAUUUUAUAUUAACUAUGUAACUAGAUCCACACAGACAGAAAGCCAGUAUCAAGGUUCACAAGAUUCCUCUGAUAUUAUGUCUCCAAGCAAGCGUGGCUCUCAGAAGUAUGUAAUAGAUGGGCUCUCAGAAAAAUCAUCUCAGAUUACAGAUCCUUGGGAGAGGCUGUUUAAAAUAUUGUCUGUGGUGGGAAUGAGAUGUGAAUGGCAAAUGGAUAAAGGAAGAAGAAGUUAUGGUGAUAUUUUGCACCGAAUGAAAGACCUUUGCAGAUACAUCAGUAACUUUGAUAGUGAUGCACAUGCUAAAUAUAAGAAUCAAGUGGUGUAUUCAACGAUGUUGGUUUUCUUUAAAAAUGCAUUCCAGUAUGUCAGCAGCAUCCAGCCCUCUCUCUUCCAAGGUCCAAAUGCUCCAAACCAAGUCCCACUGGUUCUUCUUGAGGAUGUGACCAACAUCUAUGGUGAUACAGAUAUUGAUCGUAACAAACACAUACACAAAAAGAGGAAACUUGCUGAAGGAAGAGAAAAAACAAUGCAGAGCUCAGAUGAUGAGGAUCCUUCUGGGAAGGCACGAAGUCGUCACAUUACAGUAAACAAGGCAGAUCUGCCAAACUCUGUUGAAGUAUUAGAGAGCUUUAAACUGGCAAGGGAGAGCUGGGAGCUGCUCUACUCUCUGGAGUCACUUGACAAAGAGUUCACCAGAAUUUGUUUGUCAUGGAAAACAGACACCUGGCUUUGGUUAAGGAUUUUUCUUACAGACAUGAUCAUCUACCAGGGUCAGUACAAAAAAGCAAUUAGCAGCCUACAUCACUUGGCAGCUCUUCAGGGCUCUCAUUCUCCACAGCAAAUCACUGGGCAAGGAUCACUAGAAAAUCAGAGAGCACUGAUCCAGUUAGCAACUUGCCACUUUGCCCUUGGGGAAUAUCGGCAAACAUGUGAAAAAGUGCUUGACCUCAUGUGCUGUAUUUUACUUCCAAUACAAGAAGGAGGUAAAGUACAAGAGGAGCAACCUAAAGUAAAGUCUAAAUUCAGGAAAGGGUCUGAUUUGAAGCUCUGGCCAUGUACCAGCAGAGCCAUCAUGCCUUACUGCCUUCAUUUAUUGCUAGCUUGUUUCAAGCUCAGAGCUUUCACAGACAGCAGAGAUGAUAUGGCACUGGGCCACGUAGUUGUUCUGCUUCAGCACGAGUGGCCAAGGGGGGAGAACUUGUUCCUGAAAGCCAUCAACAAAAUCUGCCAACAAGGAAACUUCCAGUAUGAGAAUUUUUUCAACUAUGUUACAAAUAUUGAUAUGUUGGAGGAAUUUGCUUAUUUAAGAACACAGGAAGGAGGGAAAAUUCAUCUGGAACUGCUGCCAAAUCAAGCAAUGUUGAUCAAGACUUCUAGCCCUCCCAUGGGGUUACUGCAGCAGGAAUUCAUACCUGUGCUACAGCCCAGCAUACAGACUGCUGACAGGCACCACACAGUUACCCGGGGUAUCACUAAAGGAGUGAAGGAAGAUUUCCGCCUGGCCAUGGAGCGCCAGGUCUCACGCUGUGGGGAAAACCUCAUGGUGGUCUUGCAUAGGUUCUGCAUUAAUGAGAAAAUACUGCUGCUUCAGACUCUUGCUUGAAUGGCCUCCAUGCCUCAGUGGAUGAUGAUGCAGUGUCUCGUGGAGAGGGGGGAGGCUCUUGCUUGUAUCAACAGCAGCGUGGCACUGGAACACCCAUCACUUUUCCAAGGAGUCAAAGAAGUUCCCCUUGUGAGGUACAGGUUUUGCAGUAUGCAAACACUACUCAGUGUUUGUCCAUCACUUGGUUUUCCUAUGUGAGUAGUUCAGACUUUAUAAAUAAAACUUUGUUUAGGAAGUUUUCUGUAAUAUGUCCUAUUUGUUUUAGGGUUUUUUUUU